UAUGGAUGAGCGCUCUGACAAAGGCGAUGAAAGUGAACAAAGAUAUGCAAUAAUUCCUAGAAGAACUGUACGAUUGUUUGCGGAGUCGUCUGGUUUCGACACAUUAUCAAAAGAUUUAUUAUCAAGUUUAGCCAUAGAUGUUACCUACAGAUUACAAGAAGUUUUAAAAACGGCUGCUCAAUAUAUGAGACACGAACGUUCUGGCAAGCUAACUGGCGAACAUUUCAACAAAGCCUUAAAAGUUAUGAACAUUGAACCCAUUCUAGGACAUGAACCUCAUGAUGAUUUAGAAUUUGCUCAAACAUUUGAUGGGAAUCUAUUCUUCUCAAAGGAAACUGAAGUAAACCUAACUUCUGUCAUAGAAUCUGUUAGUUCCGUCGAAGAACCAGCAUCAAAACGCUGGGUGGAAUUAAAGCAAAAGAUCGAUGUAAAACCUUCUAAAAAUAAGGGAAAUCAUUAUUAUCAGUAUUAUCAACAAAUCGUUCAGAUUUUGUAUUCUGAUUCUGAAGGUCUAUUUGAGGCUGUUUGCAAAGAUCUGCAAACGAAUCGAAAUCUUGCACCACUUAUACCUUAUUUUAGUACUUUAGUCAAGCAAACGGCUGAAGUUUUCAUUAAUAUCGCAGCUGAUUCUGUUUUUGGUAGAACAGAAAUUAAUAAUAAUACUCAGUAUUCUCAGGAAUUCGCUAUUCUGGUCCUGGCAAAAAUAAUUACAUAUUGUGAAGAAUAUUUUCCCGAGAAGAAAGUUAUUGUCAAUGAAAGAAUAACAAAUAUCCUUGAUGACUUUACCGUUCCUUUAUAUGUGCAUUAUUCAACGAUAAAAUUGCUCAUAGCUUUAGGAGUACAGGCUAUGGAAGAUCUCCUAUUAUGUCGAUUUAGACGUUAUUUAUCUCAGAUGGAGAAUAUUAAAGAGAGUUUAAUUAGCCAAAGUGAUAUUUUACAAUUCUCUUACCUAGAUACAGCUGUAUUGGAAGCGGCUACUGUAAUAUACGAAAAUCGUGUAUUGAGAUUGAAUAAUGGAAAACUAACGAAUGCUAGAUAUUCACCACUCUUGAAUUCUGCUCCAAAAAACUCACCCUUUACAUCAGUUUUUGAAUUAUAUAAAUUGUUUACUUCGCAUUUCGGAGAUCGUUUCGGUUUAAAAACAGCUCUAAAACUUAAUUCCAUAUCAUCUAAAUCAAAUGAAUUUGAAGUUAGAGAAAAGUUGGGUGAAGAAGUUUCUACAAAAUGCGGUGAAGAGCUAUUAUCAACCUUUUUAAGAGACGAAACACCACAGGUUGAAGAAAGCCAAAAUGCAUCUGAUAGUGAAAUUGAUAGUGAUAUAGCUAAAAAAAGAGACUUUAAAAAGAAGAAACUAAAAAAAUUGGAAGCUAAAAAGAGAGGGUGGGUUGCUCCAAAAAAAUUCCCAUAUGUGUAUAAAAAGCUCACCAAAAGGAAAAGGGUAUUUUAA